GCAGCGAGCUUGGACGGAGCAGGGGUCCUACAGCGAGCGCUCGUCCAUAUUUAUGGCACAUGGCGCCCGCAUCCUGUAUACAUAACAGGCCGUCCCACCUUCCAACUGCUCCCAUCUUGCUCACGGCAUCCUGCACUGCUCUCACAUACGCACUCUGAUCAGUCUGAUCAGUCAACCCCAUCUCCUCCUCUUCCUCUGCUUCAACACCCUCCACCAUGCACAGACACGCUGGCUACCAGUACGCCGCGGCUCCCGCUGCGCCCACCCACAGAUACUCGGGCACCUCGAGUGCCUUCUCCGCCUCGGCAAACCCCAACGAAGACUGGACCAAGAUCUCAGACCUUGCUGAGCGCCGAAGGAUCCAGAACCGGAUCGCUCAGCGCAACUAUCGCAAGAAGCUCAAGAAGAGGCUCGAAGACUUGGAGCGCCGCGCUGCAUCGAGCUCGGCCUCGCCCGAGCAGAAGCCUGCCGAGCUCCAGCCCACGCAGCCGUCCGCACGCCAGGCCUUUCCUUCGCCAGCAUCCUCUGAAUCCGACUUCAGCCGGCGGACGCCCGAGAUGCAGAGCUACGAGGAGAGGGGCAUGUUCUCACACCAGUACACAGACCGCCAGCUGUCGACCUCGCCUCCGCCCUUCUCGUACAGCGCAUACCCCACUCCCGAAUCAGCCGCGUAUCCAGUGCCCUACACAACCACCGCUACGCCCUACCACUCGAUACCAACCACCAUCUCCCCCGAGAUGACCACAUACGCCUACCUGCCCCCGCUCUCGGCUGCCUACCCUCCCACGCUGCCCAGUCUGGCGCCGCCCAUGAAGUCCGAGUACUACCAGGAAGACGAUAUCGCGAACCCCUUCGCGAGCGGCUACCAGCUCAUGAACUCGAUGGAGAUUCCUCCUCCACACGCUUACCCACCUAGCGAUGCUCAUGCCAACUCUCCACCGGAGAUGUACCAGCCCACCACGCCAGACUCGAUGCCUCGCACGCCGCCAAUGCAUCCCAUCCCCGGCAUGUGA